AUGCUCCUCUGGAGCAGGCCCAGUCCAACUGGGGUCAUCCCCAAUCUCGCUAUAGGAGCAGGGAGCCGUGGCGGGCAUCCAUGGCGCCCCAGCCAGGUGUCGGCUAUCCCGCGGCUCCCCCUGUUGGUUAAGGGCGCCCCCAGCAGGCUCCGUCCCCUCUGGAACCCUAGCCCCCAAAUCCCCCAUCUCCCUCUCCCUCGCCCGCUCUCUUCGCCCCGCGCGGGAUCGCCGCGUCACCACCGCUGCGUCGUCGUCACCACGACCAACGAGCUCUCCGCCGCGGGAGAACCUACCAGGAGCCCCGCGUCGUUCGUCCACACCGUCCUCGCCCGCAAGCUCGAGCCGCGGAGGUCGUCAUCGCCCGAUCGGGCAUCUUCCCCUGUUUCGGUCGCUGCCGUCUCGCCGCGUCGUUCAGCUCCUCCGGUCCUCCCCGAGCCUCUCCGGCCUGUCCCCGGCCUCCCCGAGAAUACCAUCCGCCCCCUGAUGAUGGAGUCCAGGAGCCAGAGGAUCCCGAGGAUGAUUCUACGUGGAGUUCGACUUCCAGGAGUAGUUUAGGAGGAUCCCAGGCAGGAGGCCUGCGCCUCUU